AUGGACCCAAACAAUCAAAUGCCACAACCGAUUGACUCUUCGACGUGUAUCUCAUACAACCAAACAUUCGUUGAGAUAUCAUUGAUAGGAAAGGGUGGGUUUGGGACGGUAUAUAAAGUGAAGCACAAAUUGACUGGUCAGAUAUCUGCCAUUAAACGGAUCGAAUUAAAUGAUCUUAAGAAUGAAGAGUUCCUGGAUGUAACUGGAUUAGACCGAGAGAAUCCCGAUAACACUCCCUGGCCAUACACCUUUGACAAUGAUUUACAAGUAAAAAAGGCAACAAUACUGCGAUCCGGGAAUUCCCGAUACUUCUCUAUGGACUCCGAUCCCAGGGGUCGGGCUAUUGUUUUUGUGACCGUCGAUGGCCUGGACGUCGAGAUAAUGAGAUGGGAAUCCAUUUUCGGACAGUUAGGCUUCCAAUACGAGGUGUAUCGAGAGGUCCCGUGCUCUCAGAUAAGGAAUGUGCUAUUGGGGGUGUCGUGUCAGCGGUUUGACGCCGACGCCCUGUUUAUUAUGUUUAUCGGAGGCCUAUAUAACGGUAAACUCCGCGGGAGUGGCGACCGACCGGACAAUGAGAUGUCGGUCACGGAAAUUGUGGACAUGUUUUGCGAAAGCAAUUAUGUGGGAAAGGGUGGCCAACAUAUAGAAAGUGAUAUACAAAUGGAAAAUUUGCGCAAAAAUGUCAAUCAGCGCACCUAUGUCAUUUAUGCGCUCUCUAAAUCUGUGAAUUCAUGGCUUAAUCACGCAGAGGGUAUAACACUAUUUGGACAGGCGUUCAGUUAUACAAUAGCUCAGUACGCUUAUAACAUGCAUCUCACUGAUUUGGUUAACCUGACACGUAAACGACUGGCGUAUGAGCAGGGUGAUAGUGACCCGCAAAUAGUAAUGGACUUCGUAGACAUAUUGAGACAGAUAUAUUUCAAUCCAGGUCUUUAUAAGAGAAAAAUAAAUUUCAAUUAAAAAAUUUAUAUUAUUAUACAGUGUAAGUGGUGG